CUGAGCGCUCGCUGGCACAGCUCCUCAUGGACCAGUCAGCGGAGCGAAAUUGAAGCUGACAAGACUUUUCUGGCAUUUUGGAAAGGACUGUAAUCUACUGUAGGGGAGAACAGAGCCGCUCAAUCACCACCGCCGUAAAUAGGAGACGGAAGGGAGUGAGAAAGGAGGCGAAGAGAAAAAGUGCUUGGUGGGGGGGGAGGGGGGGGGGCGGCAUUUUUGGUGGAUGGUAUGAAGCCAGCCAUGGAAACUGCAGCGGAGGAAAAUGCAGAACAAAGCCAAGAGAAAAAAGUGAUCACCAGACCAGAAAUGGAAAUUGGCAGGUACCACUGGAUGUACAGGAGUUCAAGGCCACACCGGUACCAUCAUGUGCCAGCAUUGAGAGGCAAUAUUAGUCCUUUGGGGAUUCAAGGUUGCUUUGAAUGUUGCAUUAAGUGCCUAGGAGGAGUGCCAUAUGCUUCACUCGUGGCAACCAUUCUCUGCUUCUCGGGGGUAGCUUUGUUUUGUGGCUGUGGCCAUGUGGCGCUCACGGGAACCGUGUCUAUCCUCGAGCAGCACUUCUCCACGACUGCCAGUGACCAUGCUUUGCUGAGUGAAGUAAUACAGCUAAUGCAGUACGUAAUUUAUGGCAUUGCAUCGUUUUUCUUCUUAUACGGAAUAAUCCUUUUGGCAGAAGGUUUUUAUACAACAAGUGCUGUGAAGGAGCUGCAUGGAGAGUUCAAAACAACAGCCUGUGGCCGCUGCAUCAGUGGAAUGUUUGUUUUCCUCACGUAUGUACUUGGAGUGGCCUGGCUUGGGGUCUUUGGCUUCUCUGCUGUGCCUGUCUUUAUGUUCUAUAACAUAUGGUCAACUUGCGAAGUCAUCAAAUCUCUUCAGAUAAAUGUGACAGUUCCAGGGGACCAGAUCUGCGUGGAUAUCAGGCAAUACGGUAUUAUCCCUUGGACUGCUGUACCUGGCAAAGCCUGUGGCCCGAUUUUAGAGAACAUCUGCAACACGAAUGAGUUCUACAUGUCUUACCACCUGUUCAUUGUGGCUUGUGCUGGAGCUGGUGCCACUGUCAUAGCAUUGCUGAUCUACAUGAUGGCUACUACAUAUAACUAUGCUGUUUUGAAGUUUAAGAGUCGGGAAGAUUGCUGCACUAAAUUCUAAAUUGUAUAAGCCCAGUAAAGAGCUGCAUUGCGUAGCUUGAAAUACCACUGACACCCUAGGCUAAAAGUCUAGCUUUCUGAAUUUUGUUACAGUAAUUGUAAAUAGCUUCAGUAAGCAUCACUUAGCUUAUCAGAUUAAUAAAAUGACUUCUUGUAUAUGAACUGUGAUGUGGAUGAGAUCUGGCUAUUUUUUCAUGUUGAGAGGACUCAGUUACUGUAGGGGUGUUUACAAAGCAUCCUUCUGAAGAAGGGAUGUUUCCAUUUCAAGUCUCCACUUGUUUUCGAACAGUCAUCUCUGAAACAAAUACUGGAAGAGUUCAGGGUCAGAAUUACUAAUUUAUUCUUCGUCUCCAACACCAAAUACCACCCCCUUGAGCAUACAAAAAUAUCUAUCAUACAAAGAAGAAGAACAGUAAAGUAGUGCCGGUCUCUUUUGGAGGAGAUAGAUCCUUGAUUUAGCUCUGCGUAAAACAAUCACAUUCUUUCUUUUGGACCCUGAACUAGUAAGAAACAGCAUAUAAAUAGCUUCUGUUCUUGUAUGGCUUGCACUUUAGUAACUGAUUUCUCAGUAGCCAGAUCUCAGAACUGUAAGUAUGACUGCACGGGAAGCAAAACCAUGCAUAGAUCAUAGAGGCCUUUUUACACUGUUGGGAUUAAAAAAAAAAAAAAAGAAGUGAAUCAGUGUUUUCAGAUGUAGAUUUUUUGCAUGAAGUAUGGUGAAAAGUUGGGAAGAGAUGAAUGCACAAACUAGAAAAAUUCCAUACAAGAAUAAUAAUAAUAAUAGUAAUAAUGAAAAGAACUGGUUGCUAUAUAAUGAUAUAAAACUCUUCACCUGAGGUUCGACAAUGGAAGUUAAAAAUGUAGUUAUAAAAAUAUACGAUUAAGACUUCUUAACCCAGAGGUUGCAUGCUUUUGCUUAGUUUUGGACUCAUGUUUUGUUGUUUAAUUUUUCACUAUGUUAAUGUAGCCUUGUUCACAUAAAUAAAAUUGUUUACAGUUUCAGGCUUUUUCCAGGGGGAGGGUGGAAUUCUCAUCUGCUUGUUGGGGAAAAAGAAUUACCAGGAUCUGGGCGUGGAUAUGCAUAAACACCACAACUUUAGGAAGCAAUUCUUCUGAGCACCUCAUAGUUUACGGAUUACAUGUAUUGCCACAUACAAAACUUUUUUCCUGCUUCCCCCCAUUCUGCAUUUUAAUUGAUCCGUACAAGUCUGUAGCUCAUUUUAUUGCUGUUACACUAACUUUCUCUAAAUUGUGAAUAACCAACUGAAAUAAUUAUUAGCAUGCCAAAUUCUAGAGAUCUUUGGAAAUAGCCUCUGUGCUUUUUUUAAUAACAGAAUGCUUAUUAACGUAGAAUAACUAUUUUUUGGUUGUUAUUUUAAAGAGCGUCUAUUAAUCUAACUAGCAGCUUGCUUUGCCUCUUGACAUGCUCACUAGCCAUCAUGCUCACCCUUCUCUUCCAGAUCCACUUCCUCAUGAUACUGUCUUCUAACUGGGCCUACUUAAAGGAUGCAAGCAAAAUGCAGGCCUACCAAGAUAUCAAAGCAAAAGAAGAGCAGGAGCUGCAGGAUAUCCAGUCUCGGUCAAAAGAGCAACUCAAUUCUUACACAUAAAUGUUUGCCACAGUAAUUCAGCAGAAGAAUUCUGUAGCUCUGACAAAUCAACAAAUAGCUGCUCCGCAGUACAGAUGUGUGUCUACCAAACAAAAUUAGAGAGAAGUGCAAAAGCUUCACAUUCCAGCUCCUGGAACACAUUCGUAGGGAGACCUUCCCUUGGGUAAUCUUCCAUCCUUUCAUACAGAGAAUGGAGGUUUUAUUCCAGGCAUUUUAAAAGGCAACACUUCACAACAAGUGACCAAAUUACUCUUCCUCAAGACCUUUGCUGUUCAGCAUUUGACGUGCUGUGCAAAAGCCGUGGCAGGCGCCCCAAGCCAGCAGGCAGAGCCCUCUCUUUACUGCCUUUAGGCAGAGGCACCUGUGGGGGGUGUGAUGCAGUGUCUGCUUCUAAACCAAAUGGCCAGUGUGGCCGGCCAGGAUUUCCCACAGCUGGUGCUUAGGUGACAGCAGCAGUUCCUGACUUGCAGCAGGGCUGGCUUUGGCCCUUCUUUUUCCCGCGGGCCACAGGAACCGCCCUCUGCUUUGGUGCCAGACGUUUUUCAUGACGAAGCAGUCACGCUCCUGUGCUUACCUGAGUGUUGAGCAGAUGUCCCCCAGGUUUUAAUCUUUUUAUUAACUAUUCAAUGGAAUGUAGAUCCCCGGAUCUGGAUAAUGAUCCCCUUCUUUGAAAAUAAAUGUCAGCUUUGCCUUAAUAUUUAUUUUCUAUAAAUGUCUUAGCAUUUAUAUAGUGGCAGGAGACCAUUAUCCUACAUUUUAAGUAAGUGAAAAGUGUUACCUUGUUAAAAUGACACUGAUCUGACCAUUCCAAAUGAGCGGAUGAGGAAGUUUGCAGAGUUUUACACAAACAAUAAAGAUUACAGCCAUAAAACAGAAUACAGGAUGUCCACCUUUCUCUAUCUUGGUGCUUAGCAAAUUUAUAGUCAGUGCUUAUGUGUUUUCCUUUUUACAAAUUAAUUAGCACAUUAGGAAGACGUGGUGUUCAGAAAAAACAAACAACAACAACAACAAAUAAACUGGUGCCAUUUUACAGUCAUUUCCCAUAGAAGUUUGCCUUCUAAUUACUGUUUUUUUUCAGAAGCAUUCAGUGAUAUCUUGAGUAUUAGUGAUGGUAUAUUUGGUGUUUGUUCUAUAUGAUAUAUAUAUAUAUAAAUGUGGGGGGGGAGGGGGAUAAAAGACAUCAAUCAUUGAAAAAAUUUAAAUAUUAAAGUCAUGCCCAUGUUAAGCUGACGUGUGAUUUGAUAGUUUUGACUGUUUGCUGAAUAUAAAUCAAAGGAAGCACAAAUUUCUUCAAGUCAGUAUUAAAAGAAGAGGCAUUUGGGGGGGUGUUAACUUCAAAUAUUUUUUUUUUUUUUUGUUAAAUAUUGAAGUCUAAUUUGACAGUUUUAAAAAAGGGGCAAAGUUGAUCAAUGUAGAGCAAAUAUGACAAAAUAGCCUAGUGUAUGUUCUUACCUGUUGCAUGAAGGAGACAUUUCUACAGCAAUGCAGGUGAUGUUCUAGCCCAGUGUUUGCAUAAAGGUAAUAAUGGAGGCAGUGUCUUAAAGCCUAAUUCUUUUUCUAAUUCAGUGUAGCUAUUACUGGGAGUUUUUGAAGUUUUGUUUAAGUAGUCUAAUAUUUUUAUGUAAAGAGCAUUAAAUUUUGCUAUGUAUAAAUUUUUGUAACCUAACAGUGAAUCAAUAUUUUCUAUCAGUGCCAAGGGCUUCCUGUAGUUACAUCCAAGUGUUAAAAUAAAUAUUUGUAGAUAAUAGACAACACUUGUGUAUGCUUAUUUGAAACCAGACCUACAGCUUCUCCGUCCUAGUGCAUUUCUAGGCUUUAUGUCUCUUUCUGAAGUGAAACACAUUUUGUUGGAUAGUGUCUGUCCCUUUGCUGGUGUCCUGGGCAGGGAUGCCCUGUAGGUGUGCACUUCAGCAUGGUAAGUCAGCCAGUGUUCCUAGCAUGAAGUAGUUGGUAGUUGUUCCAGGCCAGCAUAAUGCAACAAGCACUACCCAUCCCAUUCCUGACCUCCAACAGGAAGAGUCGCUCUGAAAUUUUGCUGCAACACCAGAUUAAGCAGCCUGUCAAAUUAGACCAGCCACCAAAUCCCAUUUUAUCUUCAUUUCUAAAAGCAGAGUUUACUUCUGUCGUGGUUUUGGUACCUUAUGUUUCAACAUCCAGCGAAUUCAAUCCAGAGCUUCAGUUUUUGCCCCUGAAUCCUGUCAAACUUGGCUUCAUGUUCUGGUAGUUAGGACAAGAUGAGCAGCCUCAAAUGCAGUGCAAGUUGUAAUAUAUGCUGCCACCCCAAAUUACUUCCUUGAUAAAAUAUGACUGUAUUUUAUACUGUAAAUAAAGUUUAAUGAUCUUGCCUAUAAUCUACCUACAAAAUACAAAGCUUAAAUAAAGAUGAGUUAAAUAGCA